AUGAGUUUUAGUUUUUAUGGCAAAAAGUUUAGAAUCCAUACCCAUCAAAUAACACUAUUGAUUAAUGUUUCUCAUUUCUCAGUUAUUGAUUUUUCAGAUUGUCUAUGAUUAUACUUAUACGGGAUACGGGCUGCGGAGUUGCUGUGGAACGAAGGUGCUUUUUCAAUUCAGCAGCUAUUGUAAAAGUAAAGCGAGAAGAACAGGAAGAUAUCAAACAUGCCUGAACCAACUUGCGUGAGUUGUAAUAACGCUAACGGCGUACUUUGGCGAAUUGGUGCAAACGGCCAAAUAUGCAAAGAUUGCUCCCAUCUCCCGAUAUUCUUCGAACAUCUCCAUGCUCCAGCUGCCGGGGAAUAUAGUGAGGCUGUAUUUUAUCGGAACGUGCACAUGCGUCGAGGUGCCAUAGUGUCAAUGGAGGAUGGGCGUGGCCAGAUUCACUUUGCGCAGAUCCGAGGUUUCCUCACUCGCUAUCAAGAUGAAGUCAGCGCCUUUGUCACCUGGCUUGUGCCAACUUCAAAUAGCCCUCCUCCGGAGCAGGGUUUCCUUCCUUCUACUUAUGUCUUCGGCUCGGAAGAUGAUACACCAUGCAAGUUGGAGUUUAUGAAGUUCAUCAUGCAACUUCCAUCUGAUUACUACAAGAACAAUGAAUUUGUCAUGCCCGUUCCUGAAGAUGAUGAGGGAGAACUAUUGUAUGAAGAGUUUGUAUGUGCAUUGCGCAAUGCUGGAGAAGGAUUGUAUUAAUGUGGGUACGAUUGUAAUAAUACCCCGACAGCAUCAUUAAUGGAAUAUGUUGAUUCAGUAUUAUUAUAAUUAUUUUUCCUUCUGUGAUUAUUGUGAUUAAUUUAAAAUUAGAGAUAUUUCAG